AUGCCCCCUAAUACUGAGGACGACGAAAAACCAGCUGCAACUGUAGAAGAGGACAUUGGUAAAUCUCGUGAUGCAUCAAAGACCGAUGACGAAGCUGUUGCACGGGAAGAGGAAGCCAUUAAGAUUGAUGGUUUGAACGUUGCACAAAUGAAAGAAUUGAGAGAAAAGGGUGAAAAGAGUGAAUUUCAAGCAGAAGUUAGCAGGAUGAUGAAGCUGAUUAUUAAUUCCUUGUACAGGAAUAAAGAGAUUUUCCUUCGCGAACUCAUUUCCAAUUCCUCUGAUGCCUUAGACAAGAUUCGUUUUAUGUCACUUACUGAUAAGGAAGUAUUAGGCAAUAACCCGGAACUCGAAAUCAAAAUUAAGGUUGAUAAAGAAAAUCGUGUUCUACAUAUCACCGAUACUGGUAUUGGAAUGACAAAACAAGAUUUGAUUAAAAAUCUUGGUACUAUUGCUAAAUCUGGAACAAAUGAAUUUUUCAAAAAGAUGCAGGAAUCUGGUGAAGAAAGCAAACAGGCUAGCGAUCUCAUCGGACAAUUUGGUGUUGGUUUUUAUUCUGCUUUCCUUGUCGCUGAUAGAGUUGUUGUUACAAGUAAGCAUAACGACGACAUACAGCAUAUAUGGCAAUCAGAUUCCAUCCAAUUCUCUGUUGCCGAAGAUCCACGUGGCAAUACUCUUGGACGUGGUACUACUGUCAGUCUGUAUCUUAAGGAAGAAGCUCAAGAAUACUUAGAACAAGAAACUUUAAAAACUAUUAUUAAAAAAUACAGUCAGUUUAUUAACUUCAACAUUUACUUAUGGGCAAGUAAGGUUGAAACUGUAGAAGAACCAAUCGAAGAUGAAGAUGCAAAGAAAGAUGAAAAAAAAGAUGAAGAAGCAAAGGAAGAAAAGAAAGAUGAAGAGGUAGAAGUUGAAGAAGAAAAAGAAGAAAAAAAACCUAAAACUAGAAAAGUAGACAAAACGGUUUGGGACUGGGAAUUGAUGAACGGAAAUAAACCGAUUUGGACGAGAAGUCCUAAAGAUGUAGAAGAAACCGAUUAUGAUGAAUUUUAUAAACAAUUCUCGAAAGACACUGAAUCACCAUUAACCAAAACUCACUUUGUUGCUGAGGGAGAAGUUACUUUCCGUUCAAUCCUAUUCGUUCCCCAGAAAGCUCCCUAUAACUUUUAUCAAGAAUUCGGCAAACAUCUUGACAACAUUAAGUUAUAUGUACGCCGAGUUUUUAUCACCGAUGACUUUCAGGAUAUGAUGCCUCGCUACCUGUCCUUUAUUCGUGGUGUAGUUGAUUCAGAUGAUUUACCCUUGAACGUUUCUAGAGAGACGCUUCAACAACAUAAGCUUCUCAAAGUAAUCAAAAAGAAGUUGGUUCGUAAGUCGUUACCAGAAUUUGAGGGCAAAAAAUUCCAAAACGUUGCAAAAGAAGGAUUAAAAAUUGGUGAAGAUACCGAUAAAAAGAAGGACAGGCAAAAAUCUUUGGAAACCAAAUUCAAACCAUUGACUGAUUGGUUGAAAGACAAAGGUCUUAAAGAUCUCAUUGAAAAAGUGGCAAUAUCGCAACGUCUUUCUGAAUCACCUUGUGCACUUGUUGCAAGUAGUUUUGCAUGGUCAGGUAAUAUGGAAAGAAUUAUGAAAGCUCAAGCGUAUGCUAAACAGGACGACGCCAAUACCAAGUUCUUCACAAAGCAAAAGAAACACCUUGAAAUUAAUCCCUACCAUCCUUUAAUAAAGGAAUUGUUAAAUCGUGUUGAAAAUAGCCCAGAUGAUCACACUGCUAAGGACAUCGCACGUGUUAUGUUUGAUACUGCCAUGUUGCGUUCUGGAUUUGCAUUAGAUCAAACAUCGGAUUUCGCCAGUCGCAUUGAAAGGAUGUUACGUCUAAGCGCUAACAUCGAUCCUGAGGCUAAGGUCGAACACGAAGAUGAUCUUGAUGAAGAAGAACAACCGGCCGAAGCUCCUAAGGAGGAAGAGGUCGAUGAUAAUGAAGAGGAUACCAAAGAAAAAGAUGAAUUAUAGAUUGUUUAUUGAUUAGCGUUAUUUAAUAGAGCUCUAUGUCGUAUAAUUGCAUGGUGUAGUUCCAUUAUUCGCCUUCUUGGGACUUUAGUAAAAUAAUUUACUAAAAUAGUUCCUAAUAUGCCGGAUUUUGCUGAUUUCAGGUGCCUUUUUUUUGACAUUGAUAUUUUACACUGUAAACGUUUUCAUAGAUACGACUCGUGAUCUAAAAGAAUCCUCCUUUAGCUAAUUAGCAAGUAGUAGAUAAGAUCUAUGCUUACAAUCGUUUAAAUGUUACUGCUUGUAAGGAAUGCUG